AAUAUUCCAAAUUUUGAUUGUCCUUCGUGGGCAGGUAAACCUCCACCAGGGCUGCAUUUGGACGUGGUAAAAGGAGACAAACUGAUUGAGGUGGGCAAUCCUAUUUAUCCUAAUGGUGCUUUAAUCUUUCCUAGGCCUGCAACUAACGAUUAUUUUAAUAAACGAUUAAUCCGUCGAUUAUUUCUACGAUUAAUCGAUUAGUUGAAUUAAAAGGCUAAUUUUUAUUUUCUGUAUUUUUCACAUUCCUCACAAUGUUGCUCUUCAAACAUUGUGCAAAUUGAAGGCUAGGAAAUGGUAUUAAAUGUAUCUGUGGGCUAUGCUAUACAUUAUGCAAGGAUUUUUUAAAAAUAUUAACUUUAUAUUUUGAAAACAAAAAAAAACAACUGAUUGAAAAUUUUAAAGCAGACGUUAAAUCACUGUAUUAAAAUGCUAAAAGAAAAACAAAAGCACAAGCCAAGUGUUAACUGGUAAGAAGUUGAAUGUUCUGCAGUAACAAACACAUUCACUCAUCUGAACACAGCAACGUUACUUUAUUCUGUAAAUGUAUGACACUUCUUACAUUUAUAUACAGUUACAUGUUAUAACCAUUACAGUUACUGCUCUCAUAAAAAAACACAAUUAUUUUUGUUUCUAAAUAUAGCCUCAAACAACAUAUUUGAUCAAAAUGAAUAUUUUAGAGUUAUUGCGCUUCCUUUCUAUUGCGCUGUUUGAUUGACUCACCUGCAUGGACUCGCGCUCAUUCAGUGAAGUUUAAAGGAGACUCACUCGCUGUCAGGACGAGAAUUUAUGUAAAAUGGAAAUACUGGCAUGAAUUUCUAACAUUUACAGAUAAGUAUAUAAAGGUAAAAAUGUAAUUUCUGCGCUGAAGAUAACAUGUCUGGAACACAUUAAACAGCACACACGUCUGUCGCAGCAUCUGACACGGCAAGCCACAUUAAUACACUUACUGUAUUAAUACAGUUUGUUUGAAGCACUUAAUAUAAAACAUUCUCAUGUUUUGGACAACCUGGAUCGUGCACUUUUCCCGGAGCAGCUCACUCUGUGACCUCCGCUGUAUCUCAGAUGUGUUUUAUUCAUAGAAAUGUGUUUUCACCAUUGUGAAGUGAUGUCACUGUGGAUAACCCCCAUCAGUGAUGUCACAGACCCAACUAAUCCAUAAUGAAAUUUGUUGUUGGUUAUUUUAAUUAUAGAUUAUUAUCAGUUUUGCCGAUUAGUUGUUGCGGCCCUAAUAUUUACCUACAUCCAUUUUUCAGAAAGUGUUCCACAGUAUCAUAUGGCAUUUGUGCAUUUCUUCAGAUGAUAAAACUGAUAUGUAUGCACUAGAUACUAACCUGACUGUCUGCUGCCCAGUAGUUUUUGUACUGGUGCACUUCAGUGGCUGUCGGGUCCAGGAUGGUGCUAUAAAAACAUGAGCCCUGAGAUUUAAGCACUGAGAGGGAAGUCACCUCAGAUGUUAUUACUCAGGGACACACACAUGCGAAUUUGGAUUUGAUUUAAACCGGUGGUCUUCACAAAGGGGGUCUUGAGACACCAAGGGAAACUGAUCAUCGAUGAAAAAAAGUUCUACUUGUUUGGGAGAAACCCAGACCUUUGUGACUUCACAAUUGAUCAUCAGUCAUGUUCUCGUGUCCAUGCUGCGCUUGUCUACCACAAACACCUAAAGAGGCUUUUUCUCAUUGACCUCAACAGCACACAUGGCACAUUUCUUGGACACAUUCGUCUUGAGCCACAUAAGCCUCAGCAGGUUCCUAUUGACUCUACUAUGUCUUUUGGUGCCUCCACACGUGUCUACACCAUCCGGGAGAAACCUCAAAGCCAGGCUAAUGUGAGUGCAGGAGACAAAACAGGAGAUGAUGAGGAACUGAAAGGAUUGCUGGGUCUUCCAGAGGAGGAGACGGAGCUGGAGAACUUGACGGAGUUCAACACUGCACACAACAAGCGCAUCUCCACUCUGACUAUAGAGGAGGGCAAUCUGGAUAUCCAGAGGCCCAAGAGGAGAAGGAAAAGUUCCAGAGUGAGCUUCACCGAGGAUGAGGAGAUUAUCAAUCCAGAGGAUGUUGACCCCUCUGUUGGACGCUUCCGAAACAUGGUGCAGACUGCUGUUGUUCCUUUAAAGAAGAAAAAAAUGGAGAGUGGCAAUGUUUUAGGGAUUGAGGACACAGUCACACAUCAUGCACACAGUUUCCCCUUGAAAGGUGGGCUCUAUGGAGAUCUCCCACCUGCUGGCCAUGAGGCUCAUGCUGCAGGGGGCACCAUGCUGGGUGGACUCCCUCUACCAAAUCCUGCUCCAGAGGUGGACUUAGCCCCAGAGGCUCCACUGCCACCUAUUACACUCAAUCCCACUCCUGUCUCAGGCCCCUAUGCUCCAGAGGGGCUCAGUGAACCACGCAAGAAGAAAUACGCUAAGGAGGCAUGGCCUGGCAAAAAGCCCACUCCAUCUUUACUGCUCUAGCUGCUGGUAAACCUGGACAAGGACAGUCUCUUGACAGUGGAGCUACUCAUGAUUUUAUAGAUAGAUUGUGAUUUUUACUUAUUUUCCUCUUUAUACCAGUGGCUUAAAAGACAUUCCAUUGAUGCAAGGCUCUAGAAAGUAAAAACAAUUCUAUGAAAUUAGUAUUCAACGCAUGACAUUGGAAGUGAUUCUUCAAACUCUGUAAUGCUCAACUUUAGUCGCUAGAUGGCAGCACGACCGUAUGAGACAAUGAAUUAUGUUUUUUAAAGAGCUUUACAAUAAUGUCCCCUCCUGCUGAACACCUCAAAAACAUUUUUACAAGAACCUUGCAGAGAUAUCCUUUGUUUCACAUGUAAUGUUUUCUGGUAUAUUUUUGUCUUUUGUAUCUCAAAAACAGUCAGUAAACCUUAAAAUUAUUUUUA